UCCCCAUCCAGAACCUUCCCCCAGCGCCCACCUCUAUUUAAUCACACACACACGGGGCGACGGGAAGAAAAGGGCAAGGCAGUGCUUAACUGACGCGAGACGCAAGCGAGGAGCGGGAGGACGAGAAGGCUUCGCCGGGGCAGGAUCGUUGCGGCCACGAAAGAUGUCUUACUCAAGAGGAUCAAGGUAUGAAUCUCGCUCACCAUACAGGAGAAGCAGCUAUUCAAGAUACAGGAGUCGGUCUAGGAGUGUGGACUCGAGUGAUGCUGAAAACCCUGGGAACAACCUGUAUGUGACUGGUUUGUCAGCUCGUGUAACGGACCAGGAUCUGGAGAAGCACUUUUCUACUGAGGGAGAGGUGAUCGAUGCAAGCAUUGUGCAUGAUCCUUGGACAAGGGAAUCGCGAGGGUUUGGUUUUGUUACCAUGGCUACUGUUAAGGAGGCAGAUCGCUGCAUCAAAUAUCUGGACCGUUCUGUGUUGGAAGGUCGGGUCAUAACUGUUGAGAAGGCAAAGAGAAGACGAGGUAGAACCCCAACACCUGGGAAGUAUCUUGGCACAAAAUCAUCACGUGGACGGAGGUCCCCAAGCUACUCGCCUGUUCGGAGGGACCGUUACAGCUCACGCUACUCACCUGAUCGUGAACGAUCUUAUUCUCCUUAUAGUAGACGCCGAUCGUACUCUCCGUAUGACAGGCGACGAUCGCACUCCCCCUAUGACAGAAGGCGAUCAUACUCCCCCUACGACAGACGGCGAUCAUACUCCCCCUAUGAUCGGCGCCGGUCAUACUCGCCUUACUACAGCAGUCGGUACCGUUCAAGGUCUCCAUACCGCUACAGAAGACGGAGGUCACCUUCCUAUGACCGUUCCGCUUCACCAUACUACAGCAGGCGCCGCUAUCGAUCUGUCUCCAGGUCACCCAGUGCUUCUCCAAGGGCUAGAGGUCGGAGCUAUUCACGCAGUUUAUCGCCACAGGGAAGCUAUUCUCGAAGCUGUUCCCCAGUGUCAGAAAGAUCAACGAGCUAUUCUCCAAAGAAAGGGCAUAGUAGAAGGGAACGCACACGCAGCAGAUCUUCUGGCAAGAGGCGUCGUUCAAGGGAAAGCUAUUCUCACAGUCGGAGUUCGUACUCUAGGUCUGUCUCUAGGGAGCGCUCAGCUUGAGCUGGAGGUCUGUGUACUAGGCAAGAAUAAGAUGCGUUCUGUAUCUAUGAGAAUUAUGUAUGUUAAUAUUUCUAUUCUGAACUUGAAACAGCGUGGGGUGUGUGCAUUUGUGUAUUAUGUUUAUGUUGUAUGAGGUACUGCCAUAUUUCAGAAAUGUUAUUGACGUUGUUGUCUCUA